AGGUAUUGUUCUCUCAAUGCAAACACACCUGUCCUCCGAUUAUACUUUGGUGAAGAAGACAUCAGAAAAGACUUCUGUUUGUCCAGGGAAAGCUUGAAUGCACUUGUUCAGAUCUUGGAAACAGAGCAAGAUCAUGGAUGGGGUAAAGCAUUGGAGGUUGGGUUUUUUGUUUAUUGGCUGGCAUGUGGUACAUCUUAUCGUGUUGUAUCAGAGGCUUUUGACAUCCCCCGCACUACCAUCCAUGGUAUUAUUCAUCAAGUUGCUCAUGACAUCUUAAAGAUGUUCAAGAGAGUGGUCCACCUGUCAGAUCCAGAUGAACUGGAGGAAAUUGGUACAGGGUUUGCCAGCCUUGCUGACUCUCCAGCUUUCCACCAUGUUGCUGGCAGCAUUGAUGGGACCCACAUCAGAAUUAAGCCUCCUGCUGAGAACUGGGAAGAUUAUUUCAACAGGAAGCUCUUCCACUCACUUCAACUCCAAGUCAUCUGUGACCACAAAGGCCUCUUUCUAAAUGUCUUUGCUGGGUUUCCUGGUGCAGUGCAUGAUGCCAGAGUGCUAAGGUGGAGCACUAUUUAUGUGCAGCAGCUCUACCCACCUCCAGGUUGGUGCAUUAUUGGAGAUGGAGGUUAUCCCUGCUUGUCGGUCCCCAUAUGCCUGAUGACCCCCUUCAGGGAACCUGUUCAAAAUGCAGUCCAGGCAAGAUACAACAGAAAAUUGAGCAAAGCAAGGUUUGUUGUAGAAAGAGCUAUUGGAAUGAUGAAGACAAGAUGGUGUUCUAUCUUCUUCAAGGCACUGGAGUUAAAAGGGUGAAGGUUGCCUUUGCUCCAGUGGUUAUCUCCUGUUGUGCUUUCUUAAACAAUCUUUGCCUCACAAAUGGGGACAUCAUGGAGCCUGAUGAGAUCAAUGUAGAACAGAAUGCCCUCCAUGUCGACGCUGAUGCCAUCCAACAUAAUGAUCCAGCAAUCCAGCAGAUUCCUGGGGACAACCUCAGAAGUCGCCUAGCAGAUGCAGUGUCUGCCCCAGAUGCUGCCAUCCCUGCACUACUGGAACAUGAUUACAAUGCAUGAUCCUCCCAUCUUGUCGUGUAAACCAUUUAUUUUUAUUCCAAAAAUAUUUUUGAAAUUACGGCUAUUCUUUGUGCAUCCUCUUUUAUUAUUAUUAUUAUUAUUAUGGGAAAUAAUAAUGUCAAAACCAGAAAAAAAAAAAAAAAUGUUAUUUUAAGAUAAUCUUUUUAUUAAUUGGCUAAACCAAAAUUUAAAUCAAGAAAAAUCACUGUUCAUUGGUAGUUCAUUGCACCUAUUGCUUGCUAACAAAUGCAACCUGUUAUCAAAAUAUAUCAUAUACUGUAUGAUGUCACUUGUACGUGAACAUAUUUCUCAUUUGAAUAAAGAAAACAGACUAGAAUUUCUUUCAUGUUCAAUGAGAACAUACAUAAACAAAUAAUUAAAAUACGCACAAAUGAAAGCAUCCUGUCCAAAUGUUGAAAUAAACACAAAUACAUAUGAAUUACAGAAAAGCAUUUAAAUAAAUACAGGAAAAAAUGACUGAGAGGACAAUAAAACACUAACAUUCCUUUUUGAGAAAUGACUCCAAAAUUGAAAGAAGCCUGUCCUCUCUCACUUGUUGUUCCCUGACUCUCCUUUCCUCUCUCUCUCUGUGCUCUGUCUCCCUCCUUUCUU